ACUCAUUUUACCACUUUCAACAUUACAACCUUGGAACCUUGACGGAGAUAAGACUUCAAAACAUCAAUACUUGAGUACAUACCUACUCUGUACUUUACCGUAACAAGCCUGGAAUGAACCUAUAAUCUAUUAUCAAUCAUCGUCGUCUAGAACACUUCGACCUCAUCAACCCUCCAAUUAUCCGGUUUUCCCGAGUUCUUCGCUUCGUCAUCAGCGGCAUUCCACAGGCUUACAAUACUUCUACCGAAUCUACAUCGACACGAGUGUCCUAAUUCGAAUUCUAUAAUCCUACGCGCCAGUUUCUACGCGCAAUAAAAUCUACUCGCCCCGUCUAGUAUCGGUCGCGAUACAGAAUAGAAGAAAUAUUUCACACCCAGCCAUCCCGGCAAACUCGUCAGGAUGGCCGUCACUUCGAUACAAGACCGAACCUCCGAGUUCCGAUCCGUCCUUACACAAGUCCAGAGGCGACAGGCUUCGUCCAAGGUCGGCUCCCAGAGGAGAUCUCUCUUGACAGAUUCGCAGAAGGCCGCCGCCAAUGGAGACGCGCAACCGCCUCGGAGGUCCGAUUUCGCGAGACGCGCAGCCGAGAUAGGACGCGGGAUCGCCGCUACGAUGGGCAAGUUAGAAAAGUUGGCGCAGUUGGCAAAGCGCAAGACUUUGUUCGAUGACAGACCCGUCGAGAUUAACGAGCUUACUUUUAUAAUAAAACAAGAUCUAUCAUCUUUGAAUCAGCAGAUCGGCGGCCUACAGACAUUAACACGACAACAACACCCGAAAGUCGACCAGGAAGGCGAGCACAAUAAGAAUAUUGUGCUGAUGUUACAAGGCAAGCUUAGCGACGUGGGCGCCAACUUCAAGGACGUCCUCGAGGUCCGUACCAAGAACAUCCAGGCAUCCCGAUCGCGAACCGAGAAUUUUAUCUCUUCUGUAUCCCAGCACGCGCAGUCGUCAUCGCUCCAGCAACAAUCCGCUUCACCCUUGUACGGGACACCGAAUCGAGGCACACCGUCCCCCGGCGCGGACUUACUUACGCUUAAUCCACCAGCGGCAAUGGGCGAUCAGCAGAUGCUUUUGAUGGAAGAAGCGGCGCCGCAGAACUCAUAUAUCCAACAAAGAGGCGAGGCUAUCGAGGCUAUCGAGAAGACUAUUGGCGAGCUCGGAUCCAUAUUUGGGCAGUUGGCGCAGAUGGUGUCGGAGCAGAGCGAGAUGAUCCAGCGCAUCGAUGCGAAUACCGAGGACGUGGUCGACAACGUGCAGGGCGCGCAGAGGGAGUUGCUAAAGUAUUGGUCUCGCUACUCGGGCAAUCGGUGGUUGAUUGCAAAGAUGUUUGGAGUUUUGAUGAUAUUUUUCUUGUUAUGGGUCCUCAUCGCCGGUUAAGCGAACGGAACGAGAAAACAAGACACGAGACGAGAUUUAUUAGUAGACGCUGGUGUACUACUACUACGAUUCUUCAGUUUGUACAUUAUUACGCCAUCCACCCCUGGCUAAGGGACCAUGGUAGUUGGGCUACACGUACUAGAUUUUAAUGAGAUGCAUGGCGGCGACCCGUUUGUAUGCGUACCACACCUAUAAAGUAUUGGUUCUGGCAGAGUUGGAGUUCAGACGGUCAUGAAUAUGAUUUUAUUAUAUCAUCUUGCUAGCUAUUUGAUCACUGUAUGUCAUCUGAAUUUAACAACACCAUAUUGGUUUAUUUUUAUAUAUCGC